AUGGCGGCGAAGACUUCGAUAGAUCCGCCGCUGUUUGUACAGUUUCUGAACGUCGCGUUCCGCAAUAUCGGCUACUACGUCGCCGACAACGACAAGGCCGUUCUCAUCGUCAGUUUUUCUUUUUUCUCUUUUUCUCAAAACUUUAUUUUUUUUUUUUACUGCCUUCUCUGUUCAAAAGACUGCUCAGAUUCUAGUAGCGCCUAAUCUCUACGCCCCGAUUAUUGCGAGUACAAAAAGUUACAUGACCUUCUUUAAUAAUUGUAAAGCUUUAUAAAGGUUCAAGACUGCGCAUGGUUCUUGCUGACCUAAGCUGCUAAGCAAGUGUUAUUGAAAGUUUGGUAUAAUCCGACGUUACCAAAAUGUUCGAUUUUCAGCAUAAAAGUAUAACCAUUCGAUCCGUCUCGUCGAGAUACGUACGAAUAUCAUAAAAUUAUUUGGCGCUGACCACUUAAAAAAAAUUUAAGAUGACAUUUAUUAGUUUUCAAUCAAGUAAUUAUUCUGAGGAAUAAAAGUGUUUGCUUUUUCUUUUCAUGCAUUACUUGAGAAAAUAGGCUUAGUUUUAAGACUUCACACGGAGGCGAAGCGCGCAUAGCGCGAAGCCGACUGUGGCUCGCUUCGAAAGAACUGAGCCACAGUGAACAAUUCGUCAAAUAAAUGAAACAGCUGACAUAAAAAAACAUGUAGUUUCAAAACGUGGGCACUAAAAACACUAUCAGGUAGCUAUAAACGAUUUGCAACUUGAUACGAGUAGCAAAAAAAUCUGUAAAAAUAUUUUUUUCCCCAAAGAAAGAAAAAAAAUAUUAAAGGAGCAUACUGUGCGUAAGCGUGGGCUCCGACGCGGUCGGUUAUUUUUACUGUGAUUUCUCAUUUUUUUUUUUCUUAUUUUGCAUUGUUUUUUCAAAUAAUUUUCAAUUUUUUUUCUUAUUUUAAAAGAUUUUUUCUUCUCAUGGCGUAGUAGCGAUAGUUGAACCGAAUCAGCGUCGAAAAAUGCAGCGAAAUUUUUGACAUUUUUGGAGUUUUUUUUUCUGGUUUUUGCACACCAUAAAGUUAUUUCUCCUUACUAGCGCCCAAUAAUUUUAUGAUAUCCGUAUGUAUCUCAAUGAGACGGAUCGAAUGGUUAUACUUUCAUGCUGAAAAUCAAACAUGUUGGUAACGUCGGAUUAUUCCUUUGUAUCAUCUCAUUUACAUUUUAAAGUUUUUUUUUUAUUACUACAACUUCAUUUUUACCCUUUUUCAAGCUCUAGGAAAUUAUUUCAUAUAUGUUCAAGCUUUUUGAAGGCCUUUUUUUUCGUAUUCUCCGAAAGCGUUGGUACUAAUUUUCUGGUUUUUUUUAUCCGAACCUCUUUUUUUUUAUGUUCCCGGAUACAACUUGAUAUCUCAAAGUUCCGACGCCAUUUCAAGGCCGCUCUAUAAAAAAUAAUUGAGACCAAACCCCCAGUUCACAUGCCAGAAGGAAAGUGAAUAGAAAAUGAAUCGAGUUUAUACCAUCUUAUCAAACUGUUUGACCUGAUUUUGACUUUAAUCUUUCGAAGGAAUCUUUUUAAAGGGGGGCAAGUGGAUAAUUUGGCUAAAGCGGUUUUUGGGCGUGACUGCUUUCAUUUUCAUAUGCUCUCUGAUAAUUUUUUGGCGUUUUCAAUCUUUAAAAACUAGGACUAGCUCUAUUGCAGUUGAAGCGCAAAUUUUUUUUAAAAUAAAAAACGAAAUUUCAAUGACUAUCGCUUCAAGUAGAUAAUCAAUCCUGUCUUGCUUUACAGAAGAAGACAUUCUCAAUAGAUAUACAAUCUUUGAUCUAACUCGAAACCCACAUGCCCCUUCAAUGAAAAAAACGUAGUUUUUCUCUGACCCGGUUUGACCAACCGAGAAUGAGUGAUCUGGUUGCCCCGCAAUAAAGAGAAGAAAAAAUCGGCGCGUCGAAAGGUUUGUCAUCGAAAUGUUUGCAACAAGCAAAAGAAUAAACGGCCUUGGCGUCAUGUUUCUCCUAUUGCAGCUAUAAUCCAAGUUUAGAUUGGGUAUUCAUGAAAUAAAUUCAAAGUAUCGUGGUGGUUUCACUAUCAUAUUGAUCGGUGUGAAGAGGUUACCUGUUCAUGAAAAAAAAAUAGCAUUGACAGGUAGUCUUGUCGAGACUAGUGAGUAACUGCUCGAGACUAGUGAGUAAAAAGUUGUGUAUAAAAUUGUAUAUAAAAUUGUACUUGAAAAAAAUUACAUUUUUUUGUACAUAUACAAUUUUUUUAUAAAUACAAUUUUAUGUACAACUUUUUAUAAAUACAAUUUUUUUCAAGUACAAUUUUUUUCAAGUACCAUUUUUUUAAAGUAGUACCAUUUUUUUCGAGUACACUUUUUUUCAAUUAAAAUUUUAUAUAAAGGUAUAUCGUACAUGUACGGCAGGGGUGUGGGGACGACAGUCCCCACCAUCGAGUUUGUAUAGAAAAAAAAACAACAUGAUAGACUCAUUUUCGAAGAAAACCAUAAUUUUCCAAUUUACGGUCAAGAGGCUUGCAAGUUUUCUGAAAAUUUCUUUCAGUGCCUUAAAAUAUAACUGAAAAACGGUUUGAUUUGCCAAAGUAGUCUUUCUAUAUUCUAAUUUUUUUGCGCGGCAAGAUGCGUCGUAGUUGUAAAAUUGCGUCACUCUAUAUGCAAAAUGUAAUUUUUCGAGAGAAAAUAUAUAUAUAUAAUCAGUGUUUCUUAUUUUUUUAAAAAAAACUGUUUCGUUCAUGAUAUUGGAUAAUUUUUAUUUUUUUGUCUAGUUGAAAAAAACACAGUUUUCUGACAUGUCGCUUGAAGCUCCCAUCGUGUAGCUCAAAAUAUUUUGAAAUUUUUACAGAUAACGCUGUUGAUCAGUUUGAUUUUUUCCUCAAAAAUCGCAUUCACCAAACAGGAAGAUGAUAUUAAGACGGGUAAGGUUCUUUUUUGAACUCCCUCUCAAAGCAAUUUUUUUUUUCACAGGAUAUACACCUUAUGGUGCCAGAUCGCUCACAGAGAUUAGCUAUUUUUCAAACUUCUUUUCAUCUUCUGGGGAGCCGAUUGCAGUUUUUCUAUUUAUUGUAGCAAAAGUGAGCGAAUUUUAGCUUUUGUUUUUGAUGGUCUAUUUAAGGACAACUCGAGCAUGGCUGAAAGAGAAAAGUUGCAAGAAGUGGUGAACAUUCUGGACUACGUUGGCUCCAAUUUGACUCACAAGGGACAUGCAUUUUAUGAUAUCUGCACCGACUUUUGUCAAAUAAAUGAGCCUAUCCGUCAUUUCACGGUAAUUAUCCUUUUUUUUUAAAAACUGUUUUAUAUUUCUCAGAACGGUUUGACUAUGGAAAGCGCAUUGUCGGAUAACUUGGAUGCUCAACCUUCGAGAUUCGGACUCACCUUUCCGUUGAUGCAGGUGGGUUUUGGCAUUUUUGGUACGCCGCGCAAAAACGAAAUUGAAUGCAGUUGAAAAAAAAAAAAAAAGUUAUUCUUGUUGAUUUGACCCAAAGUUUGAUUGUGUUACGUCGAAAAUUUCACAGAUGAUCUUACAUGCAUGCGUUAAAGGAGAACUAUUAUUUUAGGAUUUUUCUUCUUUUUCUGAAGAUCUAGGAUGAAGACAUUUCGAAUUGUCUAUAUCUGCGCAAGUUUUUAGGUUCUAAAGUAUAUAAUUCUAAAAUUUUCAACUUAUUGGCUGCAGCCGGAUUUUCUACUAGACGCGAUUUUUGAAAACUCAAAUUGCAAAACAAACGUUUGUGAAUGCAAGAGCCUUUAUUUAAACCUUCGGACAAUCAUUGCCAAAACUUUAUAAACUGUGAUUAUCUAUUGUACACGCCUGUUUAGGGUCGUAUUACGGUAGUUUGGAUAGGUUUUUGGGUAAUAAAAUGAAAACUUGUGUUUCUUUUUGUGGCGUAACUUACCUUGUAUCCCUGAGAAAUAGGUCCUAAACAAAUUGCAAAAAAAGAAAGAGAAAAUUUAAAAAAUUUCCUGGCUCCGAAACUGACGGCGCAAUAUUGAUCGGCCGCCCUAGUACUGUCUCAAAGAUGCGUGUGUAUACCCUAUCUGGUGAAGUCACUCGUGAGGGUGGCCUAAAACCGAUUCGUAACUGUAUUUAUUCUUUUCACCUUGUGGAUGAAUAAAUUAUUAUUAUUAUUAUUCCAAAAUGUUUUUCAACUUUCCUGAAUACUCUUUGAGAACUACGAGCUGGUUGAUUUCAGAUUCUUGGCAAAGAACUCGAUCUGAGUCCAAACUUGUUCGGAGUCAGAACUCGAAAAGAUGAUUCCAUUGAGUACGCCAAGAUUGUGAUGCUGCACUUCCGAGCCAACUCUCCGCAAAACUGGACCAAAGAAGACGUUGCCGAGUACGAGCGUUCCAUAAGCCAUUUCUUCCACAAGUUUUCCUUCUGCAGCAAAACCAUGAAAAUGCAACUAUUUGCAGAAAGUAUCCGUCCGGUCGGCUCAACGUCUACGCCAUGUCGCUCACCUUCACUGGAGACGAAAUCGUUCGAACCGGUACAGUUUUAUACUUGAAUAGAAAGUUUUUUUUUUAAGUUUUCGUUUCGAUUUCUUAACUUUUUUCCAGGACUGACUAUUUUCCCGUUUAUUGCUGUUGGUUUCCUAAUCAUGACGGCUUUUUCAAUUGUCACCGUUUACUUCAGCUGCAAAAGAGCAAACCAGGUUUUCUUGACCUCCUUUCUCACAUAGGGAAUUUUUUUUUCACUUUGGGUGGCGGUUUUAAAUCAGGACGAACGUAGCAUUUGCACAUUCAAAUCUCUAAUACUUUAAAUGGUGUUGCCGAGCGAAAAGUUCCAGUUUCGGUGAAAUUUUUUUUUUUUUUUCCUGCGAGGUAAAAGUUAUUUUUACGCAAUAGCAAGGAAAGUGUAUUUGGUUGAGAAUUUCCCGAGUAAAAAGAUUUCUUUUUUUUUUCACUUUUCUCGAUGAUAAUGAAAGCGUCAACUUGCGAAAAUUCUUUUUUUUUCAAGAAAGGACGUCUCAAAGUUGAAGAAGAAGAAGAUCAUUUUGCAUCGAAUUUAGUCGUGGCCUUAAAUUAAUAGUUUUGAAGAAGAAGAAGAAGAAGAAGUCCUAAAAAACAAACUGAAAAAAAAAGAAUUUUUUUAGAAAUCGUCAUAAAGGUGUUGAGCCUGCUCAUUCACUAUUUUGACCCGAAAAAGUUAGAGGCUAAAUAAUAAUAAUAAUAAUGAAAUCCGAGAAAAAACUAAUUGAAGAAAUUUCUACAUUUCGCCGCCUGAGGAACCUAUAAAAACGGGCGUUAUUUUUGCUGGUGUUCAAAUAUUCGAGCAUCUUAUUUCAAACAUGAUUUCUUUUUUUUUUUGAAAACUCUACAGAAAAGCUAAAAACCGAAAUGGCUAAAGUAUCUUCACCACAAAUUGUUUGAAAGCCUUUUGACAAAAGUUUUUUUCUUGAGUGGUCCAUGAACAAAGUGACCCAAGCGGUGCUUGGCUGCGUGUGUCCGAUGCUCGCGACGUCUUCGGCCCUCGGUCUUCUUUUCUGGUGCGGCUUCCGGUUCGGCACGAUCCUCUGUGUCACUCCUUUCCUCAUUCUCGCCAUUGGUUCGUUUUCUGUCGGUUUUUUUCUCCAUUCGCCUUUUUGAAGGUGUUGAUGACGCCUAUCUUCAAAUCCAUGCUUGUUUGCGACUUUCUGACGAGCCGAACACACUGACCAAAAGAGAAAAGUGAGAAGAUGUCCAGAACAAUCAUUGAAUCAUCCUCUGAUUCUCAGAAUUUCUUCGAUGCUCGUCGAAGUGGGUCCGUCAAUCGCCAUCACGUCCAUGACGAAUCUUUUUGCCUUUCUCGUCGGAAUCUACACUCCGACGCCUGAAAUUUCCCUGUUUUGUGCUGGUAACGCCGUUGCGAUAGUUUUCGACUUUGUCUAUCAGGUUUGUGUGGCGAGUUUAGAGCUUUCCCAAGUCCCUCUCCACAGAUAACCAUGUACACGGCAAUACUUUCUCUGACAGAAAACGCUCAAAUGCGACGGGAUUCGAGCCUCAAACGAACGGCGAAACCGCUUGCACCACCAAAGCCAGAGGUUUUGAUGUUUUGUCGGAGAGUGUUUUCAGCCGAUUUUCCUCUUGAGAUGUACGAAAGUUUUCUCGAUGGCUAUUCGCAAUGGAUUGCCAAUCCUUUUACGCACAUUGCUCUCUUCUCCGUUUUCUGUGUAUAUCUUCUGGUGACGAUCCGUGGCGCUCUCGGCAUCCGAAUUCUGCUUUCGCCUGACAAACUCGUCAUUGCCGACUCCCCGCUUCUUCAGGUUUGCCUUGUCUCAGCUACCAUUCGAUAAAAAAUUUUCAGAUCAACUACCUGCGAGAUCAGUUCGUCCUACCAAACUAUACGACCGUCAACAUUUUGGUUCAAAACGUGGGUUUCUCGUUUCAAUUCUUCUUCAAAAGAGGAGAAAAAAAAAGAAAGAGUUGAAAUGUUUCAAAUUGUGACAAACAAUAUAGAAAAAGGAUAUAUUAGCGCUAAAAAAUCUAUUAAUUUUUUCAUUCGAUACAUGGUUGUGAACGAUUUGAACGUUGUUAUUAUUUUAAGGAAAAUUUUUCCCUUUUAUCGUUCAUUUUUGCAGCCUGGUAACCUCUCGGAUCCUGAAAGGUUGAAGAGCGUUUACUCGCUGAUCGAAUCUUAUGAAAAUUAUCCAGAAUGCCUUGGUCCCAAAUUUAGUCACUUUUUUGCUAGGUCGGUGGAUCCAAAACCCGGCUUAUUCUAAUUUCUCUAUCAAAUUCCAGAGACUAUGAAUCUUUUGAGGCUACAUCGGAAGAAGAACUAGAGUCGGAAAUCGAAAGGAAAGAUUUGAAUGCAACUAGUCUGUCGAAAGUAGACGGGUUCUCAAAGACUUCGAUGCACAGUUUUUUGUCCUGGCCCGAGUUUCAGCAUUGGAACGGAUUCGUCAAGUUUGAUGAGGAUGGCAGGCGAGUAAAAGUUCUUGCCUUUGACCUUACAGAAAGAGGAAAUCUAGAGCCAAUGAAAGUUUUGCAGAAUCUCUCGUUUCUGGGCAACCGUGUCUUAUCACGGAGCCGACUUUGGCGAUUUUCAGGUCAGGAAAACUCUCUUACACAGGUUCAGUGUCAAUUCUUUUUUUUUUCCAAACUAUAUAUAUGCCGAAUAACAGAUGGCGAGAUACUGCAGACGCUUUUCCGGCCCUCAACGUUUCAAUAUUCGACGACUAUGCUCCUUUUGUUGAUCAGGUAUCCUUAAGCGAAUUCAAAGUCGAAAAUAAAAUAGACGGUUAUGAACUUUUCUGUCAUCUCUAGCUGGAGACGAUUCUGCCUGCGACCUUGUCGACUUCUCUGUGCACGCUGGCCUGCAUGGCCGUCGUCUGUUUCCUCUUCAUGCAAAACGUCUUCACCGUGUUUGUCGCCACUCUCGCCAUCACAUCCAUUUGCAUCGGCGUCUUUGGAUUUCUGGCAAUGUGGUCGAUCGACCUCGACCCCAUCUCCAUGGCCACCACCAUUAUGAGCAUCGGGUUCAGCGUCGACUUUCCAGCUCACAUAACCUUCCACUACUUUCGCGAAGGCCUACACGAUCCUCAGAGUCCGCCUUCCAAACGCGUUGCACGGUUCCAACCUUUUCACUGUCAGAGUUUCAAGGGACUGCUUCAGGGCUUUGGCGGCGAUCGGCUAUCCGUUGCUUCAAUGCGGCAUCUCGACUAUCCUGUUUGUCGUGUGUCUGCUUUUUGUGACGACCUACAUGAGCGAAGUUUUCGUCAAGACGAUGGUGCUCGUCGUUUCUCUGGGGCUGAUCCACGGGCUCGUCGUCGUGCCUGCCUUCCUGUGCGCCUUCACGGCCAUUCACAAGUCUGUCUUCCCUGAUCCGAUGGUUCCAUCGCAGGUUUGUCGUCAGAAAAAAAAAAAUUGUGAUUAGAAAUUAUUAAUUUUUGAAAUUCAAAAAAGUAUGACUAGUAAAACUUUUUUUGUACGAAUAAUCUACAAAGACUUUUUUUCCAUCACAAAAAAAUUUUUUUCAGUCUUUUUUUCUUCCUUGGGAAAAAUUUUUUUCGUGGCGAGUGUCACCGAGUAGCAGCGAGGGCAAAAAUAUCUGCCUGAAAUCAAAUUUUUGUUGCUGUUUUUGAUCAUCUGAUCUCUUGUUGACCUAUUGAGCUGCAAUUCUGUCUUUCAACUUUUUUUCUUUUUUUCGCUUUGAUUUUUUCUCACGGAAACUGAAAAAAAACACAGGUAUAAAUUUAAAUUGAAAAAAAUAAAAACUCGUUUUCGUUGCGUCCGAUUUCACGGCUCUCCUUGUCAUAGUGAUCAGCAAUGUGAGAAUUUUAUUCUCUCGCUUCCAAUUUUUUUUUUUCACAAAAACUGAAAAAAACUACAGGUUGAGUGGGAGAUACCGUAGUAAGCUCUUUAUAUGAAUACCGCAUCGUGUCAAGAAAAAUUAACAACAAAAAAAUAUUCGAAAAAAAUAUAUCGAGAAAGAAUUGCGGUGAAGACGACGACAUCAAGACGUAAGUUUAUUCUCAAUCAAUGCGUUCUGAAGUGUCAAGGACUGCGUACAUCUAUCCAACUGAUCUUCCUGAAUCGCCAACAGUGUCAUAUAGAGUGUCAUGAUACGAACCAUAAACUCUGUUGAACGAAUUUGGAUCGCCAGAAAUACGGCGAUUACAAUUGUCGACAGAAGGAAAACGGCGGAAAGGACGGCGAAAAGUAAUACAUACAUACGGUAUGCCCUGAAAAAUGCAAAAAUCAAUAGUUGAAUCAGUUUUGUUGUACAAGGUAGUUGAACCUGUGUUAGAUUUCAAGAGUACGACUGACUUCUAACUGAGCUCCAUACGCUACCGAGACCAAGCUUUUUGAAAUUUUGCACAGCGAGAAAAAAAUUUUUUUUUUUGCAAUAACGUGAUUUGGUUAAUGAGUUCUUUCUUGGUACUUCAUGAGCGUUGUUUUUUUUUAAAGAGUUUUCAGUAUUUUGAGUAUUGUUUAGACCCGACUUCUAAUUUUUUUUUUCUAGUAAUUUUCUAGUAAGAAUGUUUCGGAGUGUUCAGUGAAAAGUAUGUUUGGAUAGAGGCCUUAAAAAGGUGACACAUUUCUAAUUAUGACCAAACUAACCGAAUUCGUAAUUGUUCAGCGCUCAUGUCCGGCCUGGCUGGAGGGAUUCCAUUGUAAGAUGUGCCGCGAGUAA